CUGGAACCCGGAAGUAAUCUGCCGGGCAGGCUGCUGCGUGGUGGAGACGCGGGACCGUGGGCCUGCCUGUGGUCAGACUGUGAUUCUCCAUCCCGCUACAGAACGAUUCUGAUUCUUUGAGGGCUGCUUUUGAGGACUCAGGCCCUGAAGCUGCCCCAGGGAGGUCCCUGUUGCAUACCGUAGCCAAGCUGUGUCUCAUGGAGUCUACGUUCAGCAGCCCCGCAGAGGCGGUGCUGCAGCGGGAGGCGGGGGUCCCAGGACUGCUCACUCCUCUCGAGGACCUCGACCGAGUAGAUCCUCAGUAUGGGAGAGGCUGUCCCCGACUCCACAGUUUAUGCUUAUAGGUGGCCUUGCAGUUUCCUGACCAGCUAUUGGGAGAUGCUAGGGCCGUGGCUGCACGACUGGAGGAGAUCACGGGAUCGAAGAUGUUCAUUCUGGGGGAUACAGCCUAUGGCAGCUGCUGUGUGGACGUGCUGGGCGCUGAGCAAGCUGGAGCUCAGGCUCUUGUACAUUUUGGCCCCGCCUGCUUAAGCCCUCCAGCACGCCUGUUGCCGGUCACCUUCGUCCUUGGUCAACGUUCUGUGUCCUUGGAGCUCUGUGCCAAGGCCUUUGAGGCCCAGAACCCAGACCCCAAAGCACCUGUGGUGCUGCUGAGUGAGCCAGCCUGUGCCCACGCCCUGGAGGCCUUGGCCACUCUCCUGCGCCCACAGUACCUGGACCUGCUAGUCUCCAGCCCAGCUUUUCCUCUGCCACUUGGGUCCCUCAGUCCAGAGCUUGAGCCCCUGGAGCGUUUUGGGCGCCGCUUCCCUCUGGCCCCAGGGAGGCGUCUAGAAGAGUAUGGUGCCUUCUAUGUGGGGGGCUCUGAGACCAACUCUGACCCUGACCCAGACCUGAGCCGGCUGCUCUUGGGGUGGGCCCCAGGGCAGCCCUUCUUCUCCUGCUGCCCAGACACAGGACAUACUCAAGAUGAGGGUGUCCAGGCUGAGAGGCUACGAGCACGAAGGCGAUAUCUGGUAGAGAGGGCCAGAGAUGCCCGAGUGGUGGGGCUGCUGGCAGGUACAAUGGGUGUGGCCCAGCACCGUGAAGCACUGGCACACUUGCGAAAUCUGACUCAAGCCGCUGGCAAGCGUAGCUAUGUGUUGGCCCUGGGGCGGCCCACCCCUGCCAAGCUUGCCAACUUCCCUGAGGUGGAUGUCUUUGUACUGUUAGCUUGUCCUCUGGGGACUCUAGCUCCCCAGCCUUCUGGUAGCUUCUUCCGGCCUGUAUUGGCACCCUGUGAGUUGGAGGCUGCUUGCAACCCUGCCUGGCCACCUCAGGGCCUGGCUCCCUACCUCACACAUUAUGCGGACUUGUUACCUGGCUCUCCCUUCCAUGUGCCCCUCCCACUGCCUGAGUCUGAGCUGUGGGACACCCCAGAUGUGUCACUCAUUACUGGGGAGCUUCGACCCCCACCUGCCUGGAAGUUGUCAACCAAUCCUAGAUGCUCAGCCCUGACUCCACAGCCCCAUCUAGAGCUCAUUGAGAGCAGCCCUGCAGCUUUAUUCCUUAGUUCCCGGAGUUGGCAGGGGCUGGAACCCCGCCGGGGUCAGACACCAGUGACAGAAGCUGUGAUUGGAAGACGAGGGAUUGCCAUCGCCUACGAGGAUGAGGGAAGCAGCUGAUACUGUGUGGGGCCAGAGACACAGACUUAUCAAUCACUGCUAGGACUACCUGUAUCUUUAGUGCUCCCUGUACCAACCUCCCAUCCUCUUGGCAGGAUCCUGGAAGGAGCCUGAAUGGGGGAAGGCAGGCAGUCCCUCACUGGGGAUAGGACAUAUCUCUGGCACUAGGCUCAGCACAUAUUUGCUUAAUAAAUGCCAGCUUGGCGCCUGUGGCUCAAGCGGCUAAGGCACCAGCCACAUACACCUGAGCUGGUGGGUUUGAAUCCAGCCCAGGCCUCCAAACAACAAUGGGAGGUGGAGGCAGGAGAAUCACUUGAGCCCAGGAGUUGGAGGUUGCUGUGAGCUGUGGUGCCAUGGCACUCUACCCAGGGUGACAGCUUGAGGCUCUGUCUCAACAACAACAACAAAAUAAAAAAUAAAUGCCUAUUA